CCAAAAAAGAUCGUGAAAGAUGUCAGCGUACGGUGAAGCCUAUUACACCACUUAUUUACUGUCGCCCCAGGGUGUGCCCACUAAUUGGGGAUGUGUGUCUCCCGAGUCGUACGAGCAUUACUCAGAAGAAUCUUCAUCUCCAGAGCCGAUAAGGAAUAAGAGUCGAGUGACACCGCUAGUUUUGAGGAAGAGAAGACUUGCCGCCAAUGCUAGAGAAAGGCGGCGGAUGCAGAACUUGAACCAGGCCUUUGACAGAUUGAGGACUUUCCUUCCACAAUUGGGACAAGAUCGACAGCUGUCCAAGUACGAGACGUUGCAGAUGGCACAGACUUACAUUACAGCAUUGUAUGAUCUACUGGACCAGCCUGAGGUUAGACAAUGAUUAUAUUUGUUUUUGCAUAGACUAUAUAUUUACCAAAAAAGUGUAGAAUAAUACAUUGCCAGUUUAGAUAAUUUUUAUUUGGUAUCCAGUGAACAAUUUUUUUUAUUGAAGAUUACUAAAAUUUGUAGAAUAACAUAUUUUUUUAAAAACAUUCCAACAUUAUUAUUUUGUACUUUUUCUCAAUACUUGUAAAGUCUAGUAUAUUAGUUAAAACCAAAGUUGAUAUUAUUAAGUUGUUGCCUAGUUUUUAAAAUAUCUGAUUUUUAUCACUUUUAAAAAUAUUUUUUAUUGCUCGUUUAAAAAUUAUUGAUAGCACAGUUUUUACGACACUGGUCAUUUAUUGUAUUGCAUUCGAAGUUUUUGACAUCGAAUACAAUGCAUCAUACCAUACAAAUGACCUGUGUAGUAAAAACUGUGCUAUCAAUAAUUUUCAAACGGAGAAUAGAAUAAAAAUUUUUUAAAAGUUAAAAGAUCAAGUUACUAUUUUUUUAAUUGUAGGUGUAUAUAGCUAAACAUGUUAUUUA